CUCUUAUGUAUUUUUAUAAAAAGCAGAAAUAGCGUCUUUAAAGUGAAACAGCAACAAGACGGCGUUUGAUUAUCGCGAAUUGGACAGCUGCAGCCACCAGAAAUGAACGCAGCUGGGCCUGGCUACCCGAUUGCCUCGCUGUACGUUGGGGACCUGCACCCUGAUGUCACUGAGGCAAUGUUGUAUGAGAAGUUCUCUCCUGCUGGGCCCAUCAUGUCUAUCCGAGUUUGUCGAGACGUUGUCACCCGACGAUCCCUGGGCUACGCUUACAUCAACUUCCAGCAACCUGCCGACGCCGAGCGUGCCCUCGACACUAUGAACUUUGAGGUGAUUAAGGGCCGCCCUGUACGUAUCAUGUGGUCUCAGCGGGAUCCUUCUCUGCGCAAAUCGGGAGUGGGAAACAUUUUCAUCAAAAACCUGGAUGAGUCCAUUGACAACAAGGCUUUGUACGAUACCUUCUCUGCUUUUGGGAACAUUCUGUCCUGCAAGGUUGUCAGUGAUGAGAGCGGAUCAAAAGGAUAUGGUUUUGUACACUUUGAAACACAGGAGGCUGCUACCCGUGCAAUUGAGACGAUGAACGGAAUGUUACUGAACGAUCGAAAAGUAUUUGUAGGUCACUUCAAAUCCCAUAAAGAUCGAGAAGCUGAAUUUGGAAGUAAAGUUUUGGAAUACACCAACCUUUAUAUCAAGAAUUUUGGAGAAGAUAUGAAUACUGCCAGACUGAGAGAGAUCUUCAAUGCAUUCGGAAAGACGCUGAGCGUUCGGGUGAUGACUGAUGAGAGAGGUCGGUCCAAGGGAUUUGGCUUUGUUAACUUUGAAAAGCAUGAAGAUGCCCGCAAGGCAGUGGCUGAAAUGAAUGGGAAAGAGAUCAACAGCCGGGCUGUGUACGUCGGCCGUGCUCAGAAGAAAAUGGAACGACAGAGCGAGCUGAAGCGUAGGUUUGAGUUGAUGAAGCAAGAGAGAAACAGCCGUUAUCAGGGAGUGAAUUUGUAUGUGAAGAAUCUGGAUGAUGGGAUUGAUGAUGAGUGUUUGAGGAAGGAAUUUUCUCCAUAUGGAACAAUCACCAGUGCAAAGGUGAUGACUGAGGGAGGCCACAGCAAAGGUUUUGGGUUUGUGUGUUUCUCUUCACCUGAAGAAGCAACGAAAGCAGUCACCGAGAUGAACGGGCGGAUUGUCAGCACCAAGCCCCUGUACGUAGCCUUGGCUCAGCGCAAGGAGGAACGCAAAGCACAUCUGACCAACCAGUACAUGCAGCGACUAGCAAACAUGCGAGCUAUACCCAACCCCUUGCUCAGCUCAUUUCAACACCUGGCACACUCUGGGUACUUCAUGCCAACUGUGCCGCAGGUUCAAAGCCGAACUCCGUAUUAUGCCUCAUCUCCAGUGACCCCAAUGCGACCUUCCCAACGUUGGGCAGGCCAGCCAAUUAGACCUCCAACCCCUUACCAGAGCAUGCUGCCCUCGGUCAGAGGGACUGCACCCCGACGAGUGGCCACAGCUAUCAGUACAGUCCGACAAGCAUCUACCCAGGUUCCCCAGCUCCCGUCGAACACGCAGAGAGUGGCCACUAUAGGGACUCAAACAGCUGGACCACGUACUGUCCUUUCUGGGCCCAUGGUGAGGGUACUGCCCCAGUACAAAUACACGUCUGGAGUCUGUAACACCCAGCACUCACCCAGUGCACAGCAGGUGUCUGAGCCAGCUGCUCAUGGCCAGGUGCCUCUCAGUGCCUCAGUGUUGGCGGCUGCAUUGCCACAGGAACAGAAACAGAUGCUGGGUGAGCGCCUAUAUCCGCUGAUUCAGGAAAUGCAUCCAACACUGGCUGGCAAAAUUACCGGAAUGCUACUGGAGAUCGAUAACUCAGAACUCAUGCACAUGUUAGAAUCACGAGACUCCCUUCGCUCCAAGGUGGAGGAAGCUGUUGCUGUGCUUCAGGCUCAUCAAGCUAAAGAUACGGUGCCGAAGAAAGGGAGCACAGCUGCCUGAACAGGUUUUAAGGCAAAGGGCAGUAACACAGAGGCACUAGAGUAAACAGUUUGUGAAGCUUUGGGAUUUAAAAAAAUUGGAACAAUAGAAGUAGCCGGAAUGGGUGUACUCAAAAUCCACCGAACCCAGAUUUCUCAUUUCAGUAGCUGUUGCUGCUGGGAUCUUGAAGAUGUGGAAGCUGUUUUUUCUCCCCCCUCUCUCAGUUACAGCUAAAAACAGGGAAUUCUCUUCCUGCUGCUGGAGUUGCAUGUGAGACAUUGUGAUUUUCUGAAUUUGCCUUUGUUAAUCGCGUGUUUGUCUGAUGUUACUAUAUUGGAAAAAUUACUGUAAUUAUUCUAUUACAUUUUCCAAUAGAGUUAAGUAUUCUGAUUUCUUAAAAACCAUAAGAACUGUGGAUGUUGUAAAUCAGGAAUAAAACAGAAGUUGCUGGAAAAACUCAGCAGAUCUGGCAGCACAUGAAGAAAAAAAAAAUCAUUUAACGUUUUUGAUCCUGCCCCAGAAGU